AUGAAGUUGUCAUCGGCGUUCCUUCUUUUUGCACUUUCCAUCACCGCAUGGGGUCAAGACACUUCGUCCUUCACGGAAGCUACACCCAGCUCUAGCUCUGCCUUGGUCACGACCGAAUCAGCAUCUUCGAGUGUGCAAACCACCUCGUCCUUUUUCUCUGAAAGCACUAGUAUCUCUAGCUUUCUCCCGACAUCUUCCAGCGCGUCCUCGAUCAACGGCAGCUCAUCUUCUGCCAUUCUGUCCACUACCGAGUCUGUGGUUAACGGUACCACAUCUGCCACUGCUAUUCUGAACAGCACUAGCACUGGUACCUUCGUAUCCGCCACCAAUACGCCGACCUCGGGCUUGAAUGCGUCUUCGGCUGGGACCGGAAGUUCCGCUAACGAAACGGGUGCUACUUCUGCUGCUUCGACAUCUGGUAACGGGGCGAACAUGGCUCAGGCCCCGAUGAUGAUGAUUGUGGCCGUCGGUGGAUUGAUUGCUGCUGGGGUUGCCGGGAUUAAUUAG